UCAGGAGGUUUUUGCGCGAAGGUGCAGAUGUUGGCGGUCUGACUGAGAACACAGAAGAAGAGAAGAAGAAGAAGAAGAAGAAAGUCUGCAGCUUUUCAAGCGGAGGCACUUGACGUGGUAUCAAAGAGGCAACAUUUCUGCUGACAUGGCAAGCCUGGAAGACAUCCAAGUGAGGGAGCUGAACAAGCGUGCUUCCGGUCACGCAUUUGAGGUCAUCCUGAGCCCCUCGACCCCAGAUGCCAAGGGUGAAUUUCCAUUGUCCCCUCUUAGGAAAAAGGAAACAUCACUGGAUGAGAUUAAGAAGAAACUGGAAGCUGCAGAAGAGAGACGCAAGAGCCAACAGGCUGAAGUGCUGAAACAGUUGGCUGAGAAACGUGAGCACGAGAAGGAGGUCAUCCAGAAGGCCAUCGAAGAAGACUGCAAAUUCAGCAAGAUGGUGCAAGAGAAACUCAAUCAAAAGAUGGAGGCAAACAAAGAGAACCGCACUGCACAGAUGGCAGCUCUCAAUGAGAAGUUCAAGGAGAAGGACAAGAAGCUUGAAGAAGUCAGGAAGAACAAGGAGGCAAUGAAAGAAGUGGAAAAUUAAUUUGUGUUUGAUCUGGUAAACAGUUUUUACAUUUCCAAAGAUAAGCUUUAUUUUUUUUUUAACUGACACUUCCGCUGUAUUUUUUGUUGUGUUAGUUAUGCUGUUGAAUGAAAGUUGGUUACACAAUGUUAGAUUGGGCUUUGAUAUAGUCUGACCUUUUCUUCACUUGUAGAUUUCCUAUUGGCAGCUGAUUAGACUAGUUUUUGUGGUACAAAUUAUAUUUUUUCAUUAAGAGGCAUUACAUGGUAAUAAACUGCUCCCUAUGCUAUUAAAAUGCAGCUUAUAGAGUUCUGUGCUUUUGAUAAUACUGUACUGGGUUCAAGCAUUAAAGUUUAUAUCCAAAAUGUA